AUGAAUGUUAUUCCGAAAUAUUCUGAAGAGAGAUCGAUUAGAUCUAGUGGUCUGCGAGAAACUUCUGUGAAACCGCUGAAUGGGUCAAGAAAAUCUACAAGCCGAGAUCUUCCCAUGUCUAAGAAGAUCACCGAGAUCCGUCAAGAAGCUCUGCAGCUCCUUCGGAGCCACCGGUUAGAUAAUUCGGAAUCAAAUUCCAUCGGCGAAGGGAAGGUGAAGAAAUUGUACAAUUCAUUUGAAUCGUCGGCAGAUCCCAGGGAGAAUAAUAAUUCAUCGAUGAAGUCCCUCUGGAAACACAUGUCGGAGGAAUUGCUUUUAGCUGAUAUGGAUCCCAACGUGGUUUCUAGUUUCAGACAUGCUAUGUCGUCUAGGCAACUGGGUAUGAAUCAAUCGAAGAUAUUGAGGCCGCUUGUGGGUUCGAGCUCUAGGGUUUCACCUUUAUCCGAUUAUCGUAGUCGAUUACCCGGAACAGAGGAUAAGAUUGUUGUGUAUUUCACCAGUUUACGGGGAAUUCAAAGGACUUACGAGGAUUGUUGUGUUGUUCGAAAUAAUUUAGUGGACUCUGUGGAUGAGAGAGAUGUUUCUAUGGACUCAGCUUAUAGGGGAGAGCUGCAGAAUGUGCUGGGGUGGUGA